CAAAACAAGGGGAUGGCUCCGAGCAGCCGUUCCUCCUCCUCCUGUUGUCCCCGAAGCAAGUUCUCUCGCUACAGGCAAUAGGAAAAGAGACAGGUGGAUGUGGAGGUAGGAGCAGGUGGAGAGGGCUUGGGGGCUGGCGGGCUUCUUUGGAGGCCCUAAAGCAGUCUGAGAAUAAGCUUUUCCACUGGGGUGGGACUCGAAGCAGGCCUCUUCGCCCAUUACUGCACAGAGACUGCGUUCUGGGUCUGGCUGGAAUAACCCCUCCUGGGCCAAGUCUAUGUGAACCUGAGUUGGACUUCAGUAUCCUAAGGCUCUACAUAGUCAGGAAGGGGGCCAGAACCACGCCAAAAGCAGAAAGGCCCAGAGACCGCCCGGCUUCCUGGGAGGACCACAACAGAGAGAUACCACGUCUGAGAAGAGAAGCAGCCAGCUCAGUCACCUCACCGUCUGGGUUAAUGAGAAAGAUGCCCUAACCCCACCCCUUCACCUGCCUGCAGGACCAGACAAGAAGGAGCCUGAUGCUUGGGCUGUGGCCACCAGCCAUGUGCCUGCCCCACCCUUUCCCUCUCACCCACCCCAGGGAGGGGAUUCCUGCAAGGACCUCUGGCAGAAGGAAAUGUAAACAGGAGACCAGUUGUAAGUGUCCGGCCUGAAGCCCACUUUUUCCUGUCCGGUGACAUGUAAACAAGAGGCCAGUUGUAAAUGACUAGCUUGGAGUCCAUCUGUCUCCUGCCUCACUGUGAGCAGAGAAGCCAGCUACCCUGGGUGCAGGGAGAAGCAAGAAAGGCUCCAUAAAGAAGUUGUCAUUUGAUGGUAUCGGAAAGAAGAGCUGUAGGGUAGGACCAGCUGGGAUGGUGGCACUGUCUGAUUAGAUGACCAAGAAUAAGCAGGCCAAAGGUGAUGUGAGUAUGGAGGGAAGAAAGGGAAAGAAGAAGACAGAUCCUAGAUGAUGGGGAAGGGGGAUUUGGGAGCCAGAAAGCAGACUGAGGGGGCAAACCAAAGUACCAUCUCCUUCCCUUCUCAGGGACCAGAUCCCUUCAGGGUGAGAGUGGAGGAAAAGGACCUCUCAGUGGUUGUCUCCACGGCAGCUUUUUUUUUUUUUUUUUUUGACAGCUAGCUGGCAUUACACAAACCUGGGUCUCAUUGCCAGGAAGUUUCACAAGGCAGAAUUGCCAGGGGAAGUCCCUGGAAUUUCCUGGAUUUCUUCUUGCUUCCUUCCCAUAAGAGAGGCUGUUGAAACCUCAAGGGCAUAAAGGGCCCAGAGGCAUCCCAAGGAAGCUGACCAGGGAUAUGGGAGCAAUCACCAUGGACCAGAAGUCUCUCUGGGCAGGUGAGCACUGAGCUGAUAAUUCAGCAGGAAGUUAACGAGGAGAGAAGAGGUAACAUAGGUAACAUAGACCUAUGGAAAUGGCCGUCUUCUCCUUCUGGGACUCCAGUCUCUCUGUUUACCCCCUUAUCAAAACCUAUUGAGUUAAGGCAACUGCCCUAGGGGACCAUCUGAUCUUUCCUAGGUGGGCAAGGGAGCAGUAGCAGCCGGAGCCCUUCAGACCAUCAGGGGUGUUGUCAGUCUGCAUGUGCACAGAGGUACCUCAUGUCCAGAUUGUGAUGUAUGAGCACUGCCUUGGGAGUCCCAUGUUUCAUGGGCUCUGCUUUCUGCACAUUUCAAAACUUUAGGGAACCUCACAUUUCUUGUCUGCAGAAUGAUUUGUUGGGGCAAAUGUUUUCUAAAAUCCCCCUUUCGACUCAAAAGUUCUGAUCCCAAACUCUGGCGUUCAUGGUGGCUGAGAACUUGGGUGAAGUCUAUGCUCUCAAGCCAUGCCUGCCCACUUGGAAUUGGCAAGAACAUUUUAAGUUCCCUGUUGAAGGUCUCAGCUCUGGACCCUUGGGGGAGCAGCCCACAGGGAGCUGGCACUUUGAAGAAGGGCCUGGAGGCCGACCUGACAGCAGAUGUGGCAACCAGGAUUCUCCUACCCACUUAGCGCGUGUGUGGAGGACCCGCUCCCUAAAAGUGUCAUGAAUCAGCAGGAUAGAACCCCUGAGUCCAGUUUCCCAGCCCCAGGCUCUGUGGAGAAGGCACCAGCCCCAGCUGCCAUCAUCCAAAGUUUUAUCUCAUUUUAGACUGCCCUUUUCUCCAUUUUCAGAACCCCCAAAUGUCCUAGAGUGGGUAAGCCCAGACAAUGUCCCCAGGGUGGGGUCAUAAUUCAAGGAAUCUUGCCUUUGGGUGAGGUUUCCUGAACCAGGGUCCCACCCUUUCCUUCUCUUUAGGAGGGUGAAUUAAGGUUAGAAUGGUCUCACCAGUCCUCCCAGGUGUUCUGUGGAGAAGAGGCUGGACAUGACCUCAAACAUGAAGGCUUAGAGCACUACCAGGGCCAGCUUACACUCCUCAAUUCACCUUGCCUUGUUUUAAGAGUUGGUUGUCUGCACACAGGGUGACUAUUAUCUCAAUUCACCCAAGAAAGUUCUGAUCCAAGCUGGUACCCUGGGAAAUGAUGAAUAAUGCUCCUUUUCACUCUGCAAAGUGUCCCAUUGGACACUAAACUAUUUGAUCACCUUAAGUAUAUUCAAUUCCAGACUAGGCUGUGAGCCCCUUGAAUACAGGGACAGCAGCAGCUUCACUUUAGCUUCCCCAGUAUCUAGGACAACACUUGGCACAGAGCAGGCAGUUCAAUUAACUUUGUUGGAUAAAUGAAUGAGCAAAUGAAAUCCCAGUCUGGAAAAUGUUUCCCUGUAGGGCUGUGGACUCCACAAGGCACCCAAGAGCUGGGGACCUCACAGCUGUUUAAAGAGACCUCAGCAGCUGUGGCUGGAGCACCCAGGGGAGGUGUAGUUAUGUCUUGCACGGAGGCACACCCACACACUCACUGCCAGUCUGAGACAGAGACCCAGGUUCUGCCUACAAACUGGUUUGCUACUUUAACAGCUGGUCACGGGAGAGGCAGGAACCAGGAAAGUUUACCCUUGAGAGCAUUGACCCCUUCCUAUGUUCUCACCUCAUCUACUCAUUUGCCAGCAUCAGUAACAACAAGAUCAUCAUCAAGGACAAGAAUGACGCAAUGCUUUACCAGGCCAUCAACAGUCUCAAAACCAAGUCAGUCAGAUGGGAGUAGGGAGCAUCCAGGGAAUCCCAAACUGAAAAUUCUCUUGUGCAUUGGAGGGUAUCUGUUUGGUUCCAAAGGGUUCCACCCCAUGGUGGAUUCUUCUACCUCACGCUUGGAAUUUAUCAACUCUGUAAUCCUGUUUCUGAGGAACCAUAACUUUGAUGGGCUGGACAUAAGCUGGAUCUACCCAGAUGUGAAAGACAACACUCGUUUCACGGUGCUGAUUCGUGAGUUAGCAAAAGCCUUUCAGCAGGACUUUGUAAAAUCCACCAAAGAAAGGCUUCUCUUGACUGCAGCAGUUUCCGCAGGGAGGCAGAUAAUUGACAACAGCUAUCAGAUCAAGAAAUUGGCAAAGGAACUGGAUUUCAUCAACCUCAUGUCCUUUGACUUCCAUGGGUCUUGGGAAAAGCCCCUUGUCACUGGCCACAAUAGCCCCCUGAGAAAGGGGCGGCUGGACAGAAGAGCAAGUUCCUACUACAAUGUGGAAUAUGCUGUGGGAUACUGGAUAAACAAGGGGAUGCCUGCAGAGAAGAUAGUCAUGGGCAUCCCCAUGUAUGGACGUUCCUUUACACUGGCCUCUGCAGAAACCACCUUGGGAGCCCCUGCCUCUGCUCCUGGAGCUGCUGGCCCCAUCACCAAGUCGUCAGGCCUCCUGGCUUAUUAUGAGGUACCUGGAACCUUCUUGUGCCCUCAGCUGCCCCCAUCUCUGGAUAGAGUUUUCAGCUUCAACCUGACAAUAAUAAAGUAACACAUCCUGAGUGCUGGAAAAGGAAGUGUGGAGUACUAUUGGAGUAUGUAAGAGAAGCUCCUCCCUCUGACUUGGGAGGGGGUUAGGGAAUGCUUCCUGGAGGAAGUGACAUUAGCUGAAAUCUGGAGAGGAAGUGGAACUGGUGAGGAAUGGGGAUGAGUGGAGCAGGUAUGGGAGACUGAAAAAGGGAGACUGUCCUAGGUUUUUGACUUGGGCAACUAAGUGGAUGGUAAUGCCAGUUUUGCUGAGUUGGGGAAGAGAGGAAGAAGCGGAGAGGGCACUGGUCCCAAUCAUGAGAUCAGUUUUGGACAUUCUGAUUUUGAGGAGCAAGUGGAACAUCCAAAUACCUGUGGACAUAUAGAUAAAAAGUGAAUGGUUAGGUAUAUGUGUUUGGAUCACAGGGGGCCAGUCUGUGCUAGAGAUGUAGACUCUAAAAUCAUCAGCAUAAAGAUGGCAUUUGAAGCCAAAGCAUGAGAAGUGACAAAACCCAAGGACCUCCUGCACCUAAGGGAUAGGCAGAGGAAGAGGAGCACAUGAAGGAAACUGACAAGAUCAACAGAAGAUCUGCCAGUUCCUGCAAGGAGCCAAGAUCACAAGGCUCCAGGACCAGCAGGUUCCCUAUGCGGUCAAGGGGAACCAGUGGGUGGGCUAUGAUGAUGUGCAGAGCGUGGAGACCAAGGCUAAGUUCCUAAAGAAUCUAAACCUGGGAGGGGCCAUGAUCUGGUCUCUCGACCUGGAUGACUUCACCGGCAAAUUCUGCAAUCAGGGCUCCUAUCCCCUUAUUCAAGCUGUCAAGAGAAGCCUUGGCUCCCUAGGAAGGUGAGAGCCAUUGCUGACCAGCCAUCUGUGCUGACAUCCAUCGCAGUGGAGGAGCAGGAGACUGGGAGUCACUGCAGACAGACCACUGGAGAGGAUUGGCCAUGUUGUCCUGGAGAAGGGCCCAGAACAGUUCAAAAUCUCUUAGACCAUAUGAUUGGGCAGCAGCCUUCCACCUCUGAACUUCUAUGGCUUAGUUACUUGACUCAGGCCUCUGCUUGCUGACUUGGGCUUUGAAAUAGUCUUUCUUCUGUUUGCAGGCUUGACUCACAGCUGAGCAGGCAAGAUGACCUUGCUGCCUGCUCCCCCUCUGCAGGAAUUCCUGGGUGGGAUUCUUAGAGGCUCUCCAGAUGUCUCUCCUCCAAGCCUCCCCUUGACUUUCUCUCAGACUUCAGACUGGGCCUGGCUUUGUUCUCCUGCAGCUGCUGACUUGUCGUCCUGAAGCACAGUAAAAAAACCAU